AUGCUGAUAGUGCAUUGCCGAUCCAAAGACGACGAUCUCGGUGCCCACGGACUCGAGAUCGACGCCGGCUUCAGCUGGAGUUUCCAGGCAAUGGUCAGUACCCUUUUCUGGUGCAAUCUCGCGGUUGAAGAUAAGCGGGUUUCUUUCCAAGCAUUCGUGAAUGGCAAAACAUAUGUAGCAUACUUGGAUGUCCGCGAUUCUGGGGUUUACGACGGGGACAAUCUCUUUGCUGCAUGGAGGCGAAUUUGA